AUGCCUCUGCUUGCUUUUGAAAACCAAAAUUUAAACUAUUUGCUCUUACACAACAAUGAAAUAAAAACAUUGCAUUCAAAUACAGGUAAUCUAACUAAUCUGGAAAUCCUGUUACUUGAAAGAAAUAGACUGAUGCUGUUGCCACCAGAAAUACCCAUACUUCAUAAACUGAUGGUAUUGAAUGUCAGUCACAACAGUUAUCUGUCAUGUCUCCCUAAAGAAUUCUUAAAGAUUCUAAAGAUUAAGGAAUUCUUUCUCAAUUACUGCAACACUGAUGAAUUUCCUUUUGCAUUGGAAAGCCCUGAAACUUUAGAGCUUGCAGGCAACAAGAUAAAAACUUUACUAGAUACCAUAGUGGACAUGAAAAAUUUGAAGGUACUCAACAUUGAUUCUACUCAAAUCUCAGUAUUCUCAAGGGUUCUUUGCUACCUUCCUCAUCUAGUAACCAAAGCUGACCUCAGCAAUAAGUGCUCUCAGUUUCCAGAUGCAUUGUGUGCACUAUUUGAUCUUAAACCCUUAAAUCUUAGUGUUAACUCUAUUUCAGAAAUAAUACCUGGAAUUUCUGACAUUAAAGAUUUGGGGCAUCUAGAGUUAAACAAAAAAAAUCCUGUCCUUAUCUUCUGCAUCUUGUGUAGCCUUACAAAAUCAGUUUACUUGGAUGUAAGUGAGAAUGAAAUCAAUAGCAUGCCAGCAGUGGUGUCCCAGAUGAAGGCUCUUCAGGUACUGCUGUUACACCAUAAUAAGUUUGACUCAUUCCCUAAAGAAUUCUGUUCUUUAAAGUGUUUGAAAACACUCAGCAUUUCAAAUAAUCAAAUAAAGAGUAUUCCUUUCCAGAUAAGAAAUCUGGAAGCGAUCAAAUACUUAAAUUUAUCUAAAAUUGCAGAGGAGCUAUCUAAACUGGUUUGCCUCAGGGAACUGCACAUAUCUCAAAAUGCAUUAAAGGAAAUUCCAAAUAACAUUGGGGAACUUAGUCUGGAGUAG